GUAAACUGUACAUACAAAUACCAGAGAGCAUUCCUCCGUGGCUCGUUCAGACCCCUGAUGAAUACUGCAUCGACACGUUCGUCAGAGAAGACCCAACAACUGGCGAGAGGACCUCAAGUCUGGACGCGCUGAUCUGCUUCGCUGAUAAAGUUAACAACGAACAAUACGUCCUAAGAUUCACUUGCAUGCUGAUUUCCUGCUUGUUCAUCCUGGCUACGGUAGCAGUGUACGCGUGGCUACCAGAGCUACGGAACUUGCACGGCAGGGUGCUCAUGGCGUACCUUCUCAGUCUGUUCGUCGGCUUCACGUUCCUGGCGACAAUGCAAAUACUGCUGACGAUCAACAACAUAACAGUGACGACAUGCGUUUAUUUCACAUUCGUGAUCUACUAUUCGUUGCUGGCGGCCUUCUUUUGGCUCAACGUCAUGUGCUUCGACAUCUGGUGGACUUUCAGCGGCAAACGUGGAAAAUCUCUAGAGAAAAUGUCACUGCGGACCCGCUUCGUUGCGUAUUCUUUAUACGCGUUUGGUAUACCUACUGUGCUGACUGCUCUUCUUGUUGGAUUGGAGUUCUCGGGUCUUCCGCCGCAUCCCUUAUUACCAAUGAUCCGGCAACAAGGAUGUUUUAUUUACGGUACGAGUAAACUUAUUUACCUGUAUGGUCCGAUUUCAAUACUCUGCAUCGCGAACAUGACUUUCUUCGUGCUGACCGCCGUGAAGAUAGCGCAGAUUAAGAAGCAAACGUCGGUGCUCAAAUCGAAAGACAGUUCCACGCACGAUCAGCACCGGAAUGAUCGACAAAGGCUGCUCCUUUACAUCAAGUUGCUUGCGGUGAUGGGUGUUAGCUGGAUCCUAGAGGUAGUCAGCGCUAUAUACCCAGAAGCCGAAGAUAUCUGGAAAUUUACAGACGCCUACAACGUCCUUAUCGGAUUAAUCAUCUUCAUCAUUUUCGUCUGCAAGAGAAAAAUCUUCAGAUUGAUCAAGAAGAGGAUUAAGCAGAAGUUCCGACGAUCGAACAAUGAGAGCAGAGAGUUAAAGGAGAUAGUCGAUAAGAGAAUGAGACGCUGGCAAAAUAAUUCGAACCAAAGAGCCAGCUUAGAAACUAUCAGAACCUCAAUCGGUGUCGACUCUGAUGCUACCGUUAGAAACACGACAAAUGUAUGAUUCACUGAUUUUAAAAAAACAAUAUAGAGAUGUAACAAGAGCAUUCCAAAAAUACAUCCACACAUCAAAGUUAACAAAUAAUGUUCAUUCCCGGAAUUUGUGGAGCAAUCGAAAAAUUGUAACCCUUUAAAUGCCGCUUGAGAAUGUGACAAGAAAUUUCUCUAACCGGCUUAAAAAGAUAUAAACAGCUACGUGGCGAUCCAAUGUCCAGGACACAGACCACAACCUCUAGGACCCUCUCUACUCGCGAGGACGUAGCGAUGACUUCGAUCAAGAGCAAGUGAAUAUAACCAGUCUACUCCAAGUCACAUUCAUUUAUGGCUCUUCUCUAUUUGAAUAAUUCAAAGUCCGUUGCCAUGGUGAUCGCCGAGCUGUUGCCAUAGAGAAUUAAAAUGCUAGUAUAAUUCACGAAUUAUCCUAGUACGAUUCAUCUUUUGCUUCAGUGGUUAUUCCGGUGUUCUCAUCAUAAGAAACAUUAAUAUGAUGUUACGAUUUUUCUCUAUCGAUUUAGAAGCUAGUCAGAAUAGCCUCCACGUGAACUAAUUAUGAUCAGGCAGGCUGUAACAAUGUUUAAAUCUUUUUGUACUUAACACGCAUAGAAAUAAAAAAGACUAUACAAAAACUAAGAACCUGAGAGGCAGCUGAAAGAUUAAUUAAAUGUACAAGCGUCAUAAAUAAUCCUUUUAAUAAAAUAUUUCGGGAUGAUCGAAAGAAUUUAUUAUAAUUGGAACGAUUUGCCUAUGGACAAUUUUUUAAUCGUGGAUUCGGAGAAACAUCGCGUGUUUAAUUAUUAAAAAAAAAGUUAAUUUAAAUUAGACGGUGUGGUAAAAUUUAAUAAUACAUUAUUAUUAAUAUUACGCACUUAUUGCACAGUUUUGUUAUUUAAGAUAUAUAUGUAGUUGCUUUAGCUCACUCAGUCUUAUUCCACUUGGUUUUUUAAACUAUAAAUAUAAAUGUACCUAGAUUAUUUAAGAAUUUAUUAAUAGUUAGGAAUACUCAUGCAAAAUUAUAUUUGCAGUUUCCAAUUUUACCAAAGGCUUUUCCGUAGUUAUUCUCCUAUAAUAUAUAAUUUUCAAAUACACAAUUAUAUGUUGUCAAUAAAAAUAAAUCUUUGCAUAGAUUGUACUCACUAUUUUUAAUGUUUCAUCUCUCACACACAGAAUACUUAUUUAAAAGCGGUGAAAAUUGGGAAUAGUAGAAGAGUUCUAUGUAUUUUCCAUUAUUAGACAUGUUCGAACACGGCCAAAAGAUUCAAAAACCUCAAGAACUAAUAGAAUAUUGAGUGAAGGUAACUAGAAAAUAAAUUUGUUCCUCAAAAAAGAGUCCAAAUGUUGUACAGUUGAAAUUCAUACCAAUGCGUGUGCAUAAAUUACAAAAAACAAAAGACUACCUUCAUAUUGUGUCUUCGAAAAACUUUUUAACAGAAAAAGUACUACAUACUUGAUAUAAAAUCAUGGUUAACCUUUGUUAAAAAGAGUUGUAUCGAAAAAUAAAGCUGUUUCUUUAAAUUAGUUAGGAAUGGGUUGGAGUAAGAUUAAAUUGUGUUAAACAUAACUGCUAAUGAAUUAUAAAUCAUUACUUAGAUAACGACUCUUUGAAAAACGAAAUACACGGCGCAAAUUUUGAGGAAAACUUAAUGUGAACAUUUAAA